ACCUCUUCCCAUUUCAAUUGGUCGUCUCGAUUCUUCUCGAAUCGUCUACUCUGUGUGUGUAAAUUAAACACAAAGCUUGAAGCUUCCAUGAUCUUGAAGAGAAAUCAUAAUCAUGUUCGGCGUCGUCUUCCCCAAUCGGAGUUUCCCCAUCGACAUCUCAACUUUCACCCAAAUCGACACCUUCCACUGGCUCCUCGACAUGAACACCUUCGUUGGUGAGGCAUACGAUUCAAUCCGCGAAGUCUGCAUCUUCCUCCUCAAUAACUUCACUCUUCCUGCCGACAAAGCCCUAGCUGUCUACAUCCAGUCUCCUGGCUCCCCUUUCCUAUUCGUUGGUGCAGUAACCCUAGCCCGCCCAUCUGCCGUCCUCUCCCUCCCCUGGCCCGAUCCCGGCGGCGAAGGAAUUAACAAACAGCUCACUGCCCCCGAUGCCGCCCCUCUCUCCGCCAAAAUCGGUGUUUCCGUUGAAGAUCUGUCCUCUCUCCCAUCCCUUGAUGUGGUGGCGGAGAAAAGGAUCGAACGGUUGGCGAUGAAGGUUGGGGAGAAUUUGUUUAAUUUCAUGCAGUCCUUCUGUGGAGUUGAUGGGAGCAAGCUGGUGGUGCCAAUGGAUAUAUUGGAUAGGUGGUUUAAGAAAUUUCAAGAACGAGCGAAACGAGAUCCUGAGUACUUGAAGGGAUUUGCUUUCUAGUGUUGAGGUACAUUUCGUAAUUUAUAAAAAGAACAAGUUGGUAUGUUGCAUUCUAGUUGUUCGAUGAAAUGCCUGUUGUCGGUGUGCCCUAAUUUAAUGGUUAAAACUAGCUGUUGUUUACAA